UUUAUUUGUGGGUGAAACAUCCAUUUCAUGCUUGUCGCUUUGUGGCUUCAUUCUAAAAGUUCAUUUGUUUUUUUUUAAAGACCUGAUGGUGCUGAAAGAAGAGACCCAUCAAUGGAAUGAAAUGGAAGACAAACAUCAAGACAUAUUAACUGAUGAAAAACCCACACUGACUAAAAAGACUUCAUCACACGGAAGACCUCGGAAAUCCAAAUCUUUGUGUAAUUUUAGCAGUAACCAGUGUAGAAAGAGUUUCAGUCAAAAGCCAAAGCUUGAUGUUCACAAUAGGGAGAAACUUUACACCUGCAAACAGUGUGGAAAGAGUUUUCCUAAAAUUGAUGGCUUUAAAGCCCACAUGAGAAUUCACAUUGGAGAGAGGCCGUACAAAUGCCAACAGUGUGGAAAGAGUUUUACGCAAAAUAGCAACCUUGAAGUUCACAUGAGAACUCACAAUGAAGGAAGAAUUUUUACUUGCAGACAGUGUGGGAAAGGUUUUGCUAAAAAACACAACCUUAACAUCCACAUGAGGAUUCACGCUGGAGAGAAACCUUACACAUGCACAGAAUGUGGUCAAAGUUUCCCAUAUAAAACCACAUUCAAUAGCCACAUGAGGAUUCACACUGGAGAGAAACCUUACAGAUGCACAGAGUGUGGUAAAAGCUUCACACAUAAAAGCACAUUCAAUAACCACAGGAGAAUUCACACUGGAGAGAAACCUUACAGAUGCACAGAGUGUGGUAAAAGUUUCACACAUAAAAACACACUCGAUAACCAUAAGAGAACUCACACUGGAGAGAAACCUUACACAUGCACCGAGUGUGGUAAACGUUUCCCAUAUAAAAGCACACUCAAUAACCAUAUGAGAACUCACACUGGAGAGAAGCCGUUUGCAUGUGCUCAGUGUGGAAAGAGAUUCAGAGCCAAAGCUAGCCUCAUGAAUCACACGAAUCGUCACACUGGAACCAUAGUGUUCACAUGUGAUCAGUGUGGAAAGAGUCUCACACACAAAGACUCCAUUAAGAACCAUAUGAAGAUUCACUCAGGAGAGCGUUUUAGAUGCAGUGAGUGUGGAAAGGGUUUUAAUUGUAAAAGAAGCCUCAGUACUCACAUGAAGCUUCACAAUGGAGAGCAGAGUCCUCAAAAUUGAGGCCUUGUCCACAGAAACACAGGUAUAUUCAAAACGGCAGCUUGUUCAUAUAGUUUGGCUGUUCAAUGACAUGAAGUUUAUUUAUAAACUACUUUUGAGAGGAUGACAUGCUAUGAUUGUCCACAGCUGGUCCUGCAUUAGCUAAUAUGAUUCACCAAUCCAAUGAUUUUUAACUCACUAU